AUGCAAGGAUUUUCAGAUUCACCAGAGUUUCAAUUUCCUCUAUUCAUUAUAUUUUUAUUUGUUUAUCUUGCUAUUGUAAUAAGUAAUCUCACCAUUGUUGCAUCUAUAGUUUUGUACUCUCAUUUACAUACACCUAUGUACAUCUUCUUAUGUACCCUAUCAGCCAUUGAUAUCGCUUACACCUCGACCAUUUUACUCAAACUGUUGGCCAUGCUCUUCACACAACGUAAAACCAUAUCCUUUGUAGGGUGCAUCAUGCAGAUGUAUUUCUUCAUGGUGUUUGUUUGCUCAGAAUUCUUACUACUAUCUAUAAUGGCUUAUGAUCGCUAUGUAGCAAUUUGCCUCCCUCUUCGUUAUUCUCUACUGAUGAGUACCAAGAUGUGUGCAUAUCUAAUACUAGGAGACGUGAUCGGUAGCUUAUCAGAUCCAAUUCUGCACACAGUUUUAAUUUCUAAGUUGUCCUUCUGUUCAUCUCACCACAUUGACCAUUUCUUUUGUGAUAUUUCUCCAUUGCUUAAACUUUCCUGCAAUGAUACAUCUUAUAUCGAGAUGUGGACCUACAUAAUCGCAGUUGUAAUAGGAUUGAGUUCAUUAACACUUACAAUAGCGUCAUAUGUCUUUAUUAUCUCUUCUAUCCUAAAUAUUAAGUCAAAAACUGGUCGACAUAAAGCCUUUUCUACUUGCGCCUCCCACAUGACGUGCAUUUUCAUCUUUUAUGGAACAAUCAUCUGUUUGCAUAUGAGGCCCAUAUCUAUGUAUUAUCCAGGACAGGACAAGUUUUUUGCUCUACUAUACGUUAUACUUAUCCCAUUACUGAAUCCUCUUAUUUACACUCUGAAGAAUAAGGACUUUAAUAAAGUUUUUAAACAAAUCAAGCUUUAUUCAAAUCCUAAACAUUAA